CGACCGCCUGGCUUCGCGCCUGCGCUUCACCUCCGAGCCCGCGAGAGUCCCUGGGCGUGUGAACGCGGACAGGUGGCCUGCUGCUGGAUUUCCCCGAUCCUGAUCCUCUCCCUCUUCUCUAACACGGCCCCCGCACCGGAAAGCCAUCUAGCUCCUUAGAUGCAAACUGACGACAGCGGAAGCCUAAUCCCACUGUUUGGGCUGGGCUCGAGCUAGCAGCUCCUCCGCCCUGAAGAUUGCACGCAAGAACCGGGUCAGCCUCUGGAAGGCUGCGUGUCGGGGCCACGCCGCAGCAGGCUGCGCUCGUCGUUCUCUGAGCCGGAGGAGACCCCGCAGCUGCCCGCCGUCGCCGACUUGUCGGGCGAGGCCGCCAGGCGCCUGAAGGGUGCGGGCAGGUGCGGGGAAAGCGCUGCGCGGCGGCUACCAUGUCUGCGCCUUGCUGUGCCGGCCAGUUGGCCUGUUGCUGUGGUACUGCUGCAUGUUCCCUUUGCUGCAAUUGUUGCCCAAAGAUAAAACAGUCGACCAGCACCCGCUUUAUGUACGCCUUGUACUUCAUCUUGGUGGCCCUCAUUUGUUGCAUCAUGAUGUCAGAGACCGUAGCAAAACAAAUGAAAGAACAUAUUCACUUUUAUGAAACAAUAUGUCAACGUAUUCAAGCAGGUGAUUCCUGUGAGAAGCUGGUGGGCUACUCUGCCGUUUAUCGAGUAUGUUUUGGAAUGGCAUGUUUCUUUUUCAUCUUCUUUUUACUCACAAUUAAAAUCAACAAUAGCAAAAGCUGCCGUGCCUACAUUCACAAUGGAUUUUGGUUUAUUAAACUUCUCAUCUUGGCAGCAAUGUGCUCAGGAGCCUUUUUCAUUCCAGAUCAGGAUACCUUUCUUAAAGCAUGGCGUUAUGUUGGUGCUGUGGGCGGGUUUCUCUUCAUCAUCAUUCAGCUUAUCCUCCUUGUAGAAUUUGCACACAAAUGGAAUAAAAACUGGACAUCUGGCACAAAGCACAAUAAACUUUGGUACGGCUCCUUAGCUCUUGUGACUCUCAUAUUAUAUUCCGUCGCUGUUGGAGCUCUAGUUGUGAUGGCUGUCUUUUAUACCCGUGCUGAUGGCUGUACAUUUAACAAGAUCCUGCUUGGCGUCAAUGGUGGUUUGUGCUUGCUUAUUUCAGUGGUAGCCAUCACACCCUGUGUCCAAAACCGUCAGCCUCAUUCUGGCUUGUUGCAGUCAGGUAUUAUCAGCUGCUACGUCAUGUACCUCACCUUCUCAUCUCUUUCAAGCAAACCUCCAGAAAUCAUUUUAGAUGGGAAUCAGAAGAAUAUGACAAUCUGUGUGCCUGACUUUGGCCAAGAGCUGCAAACGGAUGAAAACUUGGUGACUGGGCUGGGAACUACUAUUUUGUUCUGUUGCAUUUUAUAUUCCUGUUUGACCUCAACAACACGAGCAAGCUCUGAAGCACUGAGAGGGAUAUAUGCAACACCUGAAACUGAAGUAGCUCGCUGCUGUUUUUGCUGGACUCCAGAUGGAGAUGCUGAGGUUGAAGAGCAUACUCGGAAAAAGAGCGGUCAGAAAGUAAUUUAUGAUGAAAAGAAAGGAACUGUGUACAGCUAUGCUUAUUUCCACUUUGUAUUCUUCCUGGCAUCUCUUUAUGUGAUGAUGACUGUUACCCAUUGGUUCCACUAUGAAAAUGCUGCAAUUGAAAAAUUCUUCGCUGGAACCUGGUCCAUCUUCUGGAUUAAAAUGGCUUCUUGUUGGGUGUGUGUCCUUCUCUACCUGUGGACUCUUCUAGCACCUUUCUGUUGCCCAACCAGAGAAUUCUCCGUUUGAAGCUGCCUCUGUUACAACUCCAUUGGUUUAAUCAAGUUAUCUGUAUAAUCAUUUUCCUAACAUUGAUGGUUAGGAUAAUGUUUCUCUCAUGGAACAUUACACCUUGAGACCAAUUUUUUUAAAAAAUAUUUUCAUUAUCUAAAUUUAAAGGAGUCUGAAAAAACACAUCUAGUUCAAUGUGGCAAGUCAGCCCAGAUCUUGAAUAUAUAUGCAUAUUGUUUGAUACUCCAUAAUAAGUAAAUAAAUCUGAUUUUUAUUUAGAAUUAUAAAAAGGAGAUAACACUUGACUGGGUGAGAUGUCAUAUUCAGUGGGAAGAGUAUGAAGUCAAGGGUUUUUUUUCUGUAAUCUCAUGGUAAAUUAUUACAGAUCUGGAUUGCGAAAGAAAAGGAUUUGUGGGUAUAAAAAUAUUUAUUUAUAUUAAUGAAAGGCACCUUUUAUGAAUCAUGGGUGACAUGACAUGGAACCUGAAAUUUUGACUGGGAUGUGCAACACUGUAAAUGUUGGUGCAAUUAUCUAUUAUGAGCCACUCUGGGACUAAAUGCAUCUAAUAAAGUAUUCAGUGUAGGAAUAGUGGACAACAAAAUAAGAAUUUUAUCUCAUCAAAGCAUUUUUAGUAAGUCUGUGGAAUCUUUUCUCUCUCACGCGCACGCGCGCGUCUUUCAGAUUUUUGGUUUCAUCAUUAAAUAUAUUCUGAUGCAAUUAUAUUUAAAUUCAGUAGUAGAUAAAAUGGGAAAAACAGUUUAAUUCAGUGUAAUUUUAAUAUCUCAGUUUGAACGGAAUCUUUAAUGGAAAUUAACAUUUUGUAUUUCCAAUUCCUAAUUUGGCAUAUGUUCUCCUUCCUGUGCCUAUCAAGGUUCAUUUGGAGAUUCCUUAAUUAUUACAAUCAAAACAUGCUUCCUUGUCUGGAAGUAAGUCCCAUGGAAUGCAUCAGAACUGGAUUCAGAUUAAACAUGUUUAGGAUAACACUGCAAGCUAUUCUAAUCAUAAAUUCAAAGGUUAGCUUGCUAGGAAAUGGGCAUCAUCGCUUCCUUUUGAUUCAGCUGUGAAAUCUCAGUUGCCGUGUUAGGAAAACUGCACUAGAAUUGGUAGUAUGAUGUUCUCAAGGUUUAGUUCUUACCAAUUAUAUUAUUUACAACAGCUGCUUCCAUUUAAAAUUUUCAGAUAGGUGGAAGCCAACCACCUCUUGAUGAUAAAAGAAGUGCCUGUUUUCAAAGCCAAGCAAACUGUGAAGGACUGAACUAACAGACAGUAUCGCUAUUUCUUUUUUAGUGUACUUAUCUCCCUUUAUGUAUGCAUUUAUUUCUUUGGCAUUCUAUGAAUUCAGCCUGUUUAAAAACAACACAUCACCUAAAUGCCUCUUGCAAAACAUGCCUCCCUGUUUCCUUGAAUCAUUUUUGAAUAAUUGAAAUCUUUGAGCACGAAGGUUUUAAGACUUCCUAGAUAAUCUGAUGUUGUUAACGUGCUUUUUAAAAAGCUGAGAUAAGCUCUGACUGAGGAAAGGGUACUAUUGCUACAAAAAAUUAGACCGUUUCCAGCUCCUUAGAUUUAUUCCUAGGAUGGCUCUUUCAGCCUCUACGUUAUUCUGUCUGGUGAGGACAGAAUCAACCUUUUAAUGCAUUAUAACUAUUUCUCAAAGAAGAGGGGGCAAGGGAGAGAAAAUGUCAAAGGGAAUCGCAGGGACCAUUUUAAAAUGUGCUGAACUUUUCACACUACUGUUACCUUCCCUUGGUAACGUGCCUUUGUAUUUUACAGCAGCAAAAUUCCGCAGAUAUUAAGGAACAAACAUUUUAAGUCUAAAAGGGGCAUUAAUAUACUCAAUUGAGUACUGUCCUUUACCGUAUGAUGGGCAAGAUUUGGGGUGUUGGCUUAUUCUAAAUGGUGUUCAAAUGCCUUGAAACUGAUCUUUGCGAAUAACAAGAACUGGUCAUGUGAAGUAUGUCAUCCCACAAAGUAAAGCUUUAUUAAGAAAUCACAUCCUGAACUUGUUAGGUUCCAAGCAGUUGGUUCCCCCUGCUAAAUUCAUUUUGCAUAUGUUAAUUAUUGUAAUUGGUGAAGUAUUUCAACAAAUGCUUGUAAAUCAUACACGUUUUUAAAGGUUAAAACCUACUACUAGCCUAUUUUGGGUGCCUAUUUUAAGGGGGGGAGUCAGUGGUUUGUGGUAAAGCAGUAGUUUUUGCCACAGUUUUGCCAAAAGUUUUUAUCAAAAACAAAAUUAGGACGGAAAAAUAGAAGGUUAUCUGUGCAACAUUGCACAUAAGUCUUAAUUACAUUUUACUGUACUAGUAAAUGUUUCAUGACAGUGUUUAGGGCCUGACGUAAAGAAAGCUUGGAGCCCAGGUGUAGCACAAAUACUGUUGCAGCCAGGGGCAUCUGCAGGGGGAUUUCCAAACAAAUGAGAGGGUGGCUGCAAUUGCAAUUGUGUUUGCCAUCUUUCCUUUUCUUCUCCCCCCCUCCCCCCUUAGAUGCGCCUGAUUGCAGCUUUCCCCACACACUGCUGGGGAAAACUGCUCUAUUAAUGUAAAGGUCAGUUAUGAAAGGGGUAAGAUUCCUUUCCCUCCAUACUCACUCAUUUCUAUGAAAUAAACCUCCUGGUAGAUUUAUAGCUAGAGAAGGAUAUCCAAUGUGGGUUUUAAAAGUCCAGGUGAUCACUGGCUGGCAGCAAGAGUUAAUGCUUCCUGCAUCUCUUCUGACAUCUAGUGGAUAUCUGGAUGUUUGCAGCCCAACUAUGGUACAACUAAGCUAUGCCAUUUCCUAAAGAGUUCUUUAAAUAUACUACCAGCUUUUAAUAUUUUAACUUCAGAAAUGAAUAAUUCCUUUACUAUUUUUAUUUACAGCAUUUUCAUCUUGGGAUAGUUCUUCAUAAGCAAUUAUUUUUUAAAAAAAUUUAACUUUUGAUACAAUGUUGAUCUUUUCUAAAUACCUGGGGAUUUUAUUCAGAAUUGUACCUAAAACAUUACUGUUUUUACUGCAUCAAAUUUAAGGCUAUAUUAUGGGGUUAAUGGUUGAGACUUCGAGAUGAGUCCAUAGUAUAAGUCAAGCAACUUGUGUUUUUAAAGCAUUUUGUUGGGUUUUUCAAAAAUAAAUUCAUAUUCAAAAAGUAUUAUAGAUGUACUUCUUUGAUCAAUAAACUUCAGUUUGUUAGAAAUUUC